UGUGCAGAAGGCGGCUCGCCCCCACGCUCCGGCUUUUCCCUCUCCAAGCAGGCGGCCCCCUGGGCCGGACCUGGCGAGAGACUCGGCCCCGGAGGUCUUGACUGCUUGGUCCAGGGUCGAGCCGGAGGGCGGGGACCUGGACUCCAGUGCGCUGGCGUCAGAGGCUCCAUCCAGCUGCGCUUCCCGAGCUCCCACGGGAGCGCGGGGGACCGCGGUGGGGGCGCGGGCCAGGCGACGGCGGGCGCGGGAAGCGGGCGCAGCAUGUUGGCGGCGGUGGGGAGCCUCCUGCGCCCCGGCUUGGGACCCAUACUCCGCUGCAUCCCGGGGGCGCGUCCCGCAGCUGCGUGGGGCGCGCUGGCGCCUCUCCGUGCCCCGACCGCACCCCGAUACAACAGUGGCGGGGCCCCCAGCGGCUCUGGGCCCCAGAGUCCAGGGAAGGUUCAUCGGGUCCCCGCCGAACUCAAGCCUUCACAAUUCGACAAAAAAAUUCUGCUGUGGACCGGGCGUUUCAAAGCCCUGGAGGACAUCCCGCCCCGGGUCCCACCAGAAAUGAUAGAUGCUGCAAGAAACAAAGCUCGAGUGAAAGCUUGUUACAUAAUGAUUGGACUCACCAUUAUUGCCUGUUUUGCCGUGAUAGCAUCAGCCAAAAGGGCUGUAGAACGACAUGAAUCCUUAACAAGUUGGAACCUGGCAAAGAAAGCUAAGUGGCGUGAAGAAGCUGCAUUGGCUGCACAGGCUAAGGCUAAAUGAUAUUCUAAGUGGCAAAGAGUUCAUCAGAAUAUCAUCACUAUUCUCAGCAACAAAAAUACAUUUGCAAAAGAGAAUAUUUAACAAUUUUUUUCUGCCAUGGUUUUAUUUUGGUGACAAGUAGUUUAAUCUUUUUUUGCUAUUUAGUAAACUUUAUUUUGAGGUAUAACACACGAAUACACACUGCUUGAUGGAGUGUGUGGAACCACUGGCUAGGUCAAGCAUAGGAACAGCAGAGUAACAGUAGCACUCUAGAAACAUCCUUCCAGCCUUCUCUGUUAACACUCUCCAAAAGGUGGCCAUUGUUCUGGGCUUUAUCACAAUAUCCUGCCUUUUUCUAAGAUACUACUUUACAUAAAUGAAACUAUGCAAAAUGUGCUUGUGUGGAUUCUUUCUCUCAAUAUAUUUCUGAGAACAUUGUUCAUUUUCACUGCAUAAGAUCAUUCUUUUGCAUGACUGUAUCACAAAUGAUCAGAAUAUUUGACUCAGUUUUAGCAAUUAAUGACAAUGCAAAAGGAGCACUCUGUGCAUGUCAUUAAAAUUAUAUUGAAAUGAAACCAGAAAGAUAAUACAGCUAGUAAAGUUCUUGCUUUGCAUGCAACCCAUCUGGGUUUUAUUCCUGUCACCUCAUAUGAUCCCUUAAGUAACACCAGGAGUGAUUCUUGAGCACAAAGCUAGAAGUAAGUCCUGAGCACAGCUGGAUAUGGUCCUAAAACAACAAUAAUAAGAAAGAAAGAAAGCUGAACUAAAUCACUAUGGGCUCUAAUUUUAACCAAAGUUGUGCAAUGCUUGGUGAAUGGAUAGCCCUUUUGGUUAUUCUUUUCAUACUCUGCAAGCUACCGAGAGUAUCCCACCAACAUGGCAGAGCCUGGCAAGCUCCUGGUGGCGUAUUUGUUAUGCCAAAAACAGUAACAACAAGUCUCACAGUAGAGACGUUACUGGUGCCCACUCGAGCAAACCGAUGAACAAUGGGAGGAUAGUGCUACAGUGCUAGUCUGCAACCAGGUGAAACUACUUUGAACGGUUUAUAAAGCAACAAUUACUAAUUUCAAAGCCUAUUGUAAAGUGCUAAAGUACUAAAAUAAUAAUUUGAAAAGCAAUUUUUUAAAGCACUGUAGUUCCAUUGUUCAUCGAUUUGCUUGAGCGGGCGUCAGUAACGUCUCCAUUGUGAGACUUCUUGUUACUGUUUUUCACAUAUCGAAUAUACAUACCACAGGUAGCUUGCCAGGCUCUGCCGUGCAGGUGGGAUACUCUGGGUAGCUUGCCGGGCUCUCCAAGAGAGACGAAGGAAUCGAACCCGAGUUGGUCGCGUGCAAGGCAAAUGCCCUACCUGUGGUGCUAUCGCUCUAGUUCAUUUUUAAAAGAAUAUUAAACAUUAAAGAAAAUGGUUUAAUGCUUUCAAAACUUGUUUGCAUCCAAAACAACUUCAAAAUGAUCUCUUCUUGCAUUUUUGAUAUCUGUAAUUUUUAACCAGAAAUGCAGGUAAUUGGGAAGAUAUAAUUUCUAUCAUAAACUUAAAACUACAUAAUUAGCUCUCAACACUUUAUAAUUUUGAUAAAAGCCAGCCUAUCUAAUGAGCUGUCAAACUUAACUUUUUGUUAGACAGUCUGUGAUUUGAAAAUGAAAAUGUUAAUAUGUGUGGCUAUGAUGCUAACCUCCCCUCUGAACUAAACUCUACAAUUCAUCAAGAAAACAUGAAGCACUGUUUCCCAAUCAACCUAGAUAUUGGCCCUUUGAACAUUUUAUACAGUGGAUCUCUCUGCUUCGCCCAAGUGGAACUUCUCAGAAUUUCAUCUUGAGUUAUUGACUUUUCACACAGGGUUUUACCCAAUAGAACAAAGCCCAAAUAAGACUCAGAAUGGGUGAGAUAUUUGUUUGUUUUUGUACAACACUACAAAGGAUUAUGAUUAUGAGAAUAAAGAUAACUAUAGCAUGCCACAGGCUAUCAGGCUAUCCUGAACAGAACAGUUUUAAGAAAGAGUAUAUACAGAGUUAGACCAAUUCCCUGAGAACUACUUAUUCUGUAUGUUUUCUUAAAAGUCGUGUGUGUGUGUGUGUGUGUGUGUGUGUGUGUGUGUGUGAGCACCUGCAUGCACAGGGUGGGGAUGCCUCUAUCCAGGAGAUCCAGGAACUGAACCUGAAAGUCUUUGUUUAAAAAAUUUUCCCAAACAUUUGAAGAUUCCCCAAAUUUUCUACGAGAGUAUAUAGACUAUUAAAAUAAAACGUUUGUAGCACUGUAGCACUGUUGUCCCAUUGUUCAUCCACUUCAAAACAUUUGCUCAUCAUCCAGUCCAAAACAUUUGUAAAAAUGAAUGUAUAGUGACUUCCAUUUCUGGCUAGAUGGAAAACUGA